CAAAUCCAUUCUGAUCUACAGACAUGGCACCCAAAGUUGCAGGAAAGAAAGGCGAGAAGAAAGCCGGUAAGGCAAAGGCUGCCGCUGAUGGAAAGAAGAAGAGAAGGGGAAAGAGAAAGGAAAGCUAUGCUAUCUACAUCUACAAGGUGUUUAAGCAAGUUCACCCUGACACUGGUAUCUCCAGCAAAGCCAUGGGCAUCAUGAACUCGUUCGUCAACGACAUCUUCGAGCGCAUCGCCACCGAAGCUUCCCGCCUUGCCCACUACAACAAGAAAUCAACCAUCAGCUCCCGCGAGAUCCAGACCGCCAUCAGGCUGCUUCUGCCCGGUGAACUGGCCAAACACGCCGUGAGUGAAGGAACCAAGGCUGUUACCAAGUACACCAGCAGCAAGUAAACUCACCUUGUGGGUUUCCCGCCAAAACAAACGGCUCCUUUAGGAGCCACCAAAUGAUACAAAAGUCAAUGACCAACUACAACUGACCUUCUUUCAUUUCAAAGCGCAGAAAUGAGAAGCGCUUGACACUUAAACUAUCAAUCGAAGUUCCUGAAUUUUUUGCGAUAUUAGUUCUUCAGUCCAAAUACUAUUUCUAGACUACGAGUACUACCUCUUUCGCCUAGUCUGUCGCGAGUGACGCGAGAGAAAACCCAGGAUUUCAGGCGGCCAUUGUUUUACUCUCGGCCGAUUUAUUUAAGGUCUCGCUCGACUUACUAAGCGAAAGAGGGGCUACGCGUAGUCUAGUCUAUUUCCCUUUAUAUGCUUUCCCUUAAGAUAUACAGCGGUACCUCGGUUUAACCCUCUUUACUUCAAUAUAACGAACGAUGCCGGGCUAAAGUUAGGAAAACGUAUAGGACAGAACUUCAUAUAAAAACGAAUUUCAAUAUUAGUCUACAAACAGGUUCCAUAGGUAUCGACAGCUCAUUAUAGUUACAAAUCAUAACAGAUCUGCAUUAUCCUCUUUGCCUCUUGUUUUUGGAAGAGUUCUUGUGAUAACGGUAGCCAGAAAUUUUUCUGGCACUAGUAGUUUUCUGUUGCAUAG